CCCCUUCGCCGCCCCCGGGCCCGCUUUCCCCCCGGUGGUGACCCUGCCGUCGUCGUCGUCGUCCCCCACUUCCACCGGGGCGUGUGAGGCGAGCGGAGGAGGGUCGGAGGGCGGGUGCUGCUCCCCCCAAGCAUGAGUGCGGGGUCUGACGCCCCCAGGAAAAGGAUCAGGUCGGACCCCCCGCUCGCCCCCUCUGCCGUCGGCGUCAGCAGCAGCAGCGGCUCGGAAGAAGAAGCGCAGCCCCCUUCCUGGAAGAGGAAAGUGACCCAGUGGCAGCCGCCUCUUCCCUUCAGCAGGGAGCAAAGGUCCAGCAGCAGCAAAGCCAGCCCCGCAGUCACAGUGGGGAACAAAGUUUACAAACAAAGGAGGAUUACCUCUUGGAUGGAGAAUAAAGGACCCAAAACAGUGGAGUCAAAAAGCUCACAAAACAAAACUUGCAGCGCAGAAGCAGAGCCCAAAAUGACAUUUGUAAAACAAGACAAUGUUUUUGAACACAAAGUGAAAAAUGCUGAGGAUGUUCUUCAGCAGGGCUGUUCCAGAUUACCUGUGGAAAUGAAUACCAAGCAUGUGGCCUUGCCUCAGACUGCCACCCUGCGUAAUUGGGAAGCUGAGCAGCUAGGUAGGGAUCAGCUUUCAGAAGCAGAGUCUUUGAAAGGAAUCCAAACUGGAGACCAGUUGAAAAAUGCUAAUGCUAAUCAAACACAUAAAACUGGCAGUCAGGCCCAUCGGGGUUGCAAUGAAAAUCAGGAAAACUGUACUCAUAGGAAACUUUCAUCAGGCAGCCCUGUGAAGGUAGCAAAUAUAAAACAGCCAUCAAAAGACUAUGAUCCGGAAAGGCAAGCAACUUUGCAAAAUUUGCAGCCGUUUAAGAACUACAACUCUGAGCAUGUAACUUGCAUAGCUGUUGAGUCAGAGGAGGUGGAUGUAGUGCCUGAGAGCCCACUUUCAGAUGCAGGCUGUGAUGCUUGCUCACCUGAUUUGUAUGCCACUCAGAAAAGAGAUCAAGGAUGCUGGGGGGAAUCUCCUUCUUUUGAGAAAGAGAGUGAACCUGACUCACCAAUGGAUGUAGAUAAUUCCAAAAACAGCUGUCAGGGCUCAGAGGCUGAUGAAGAAACCAGUCCACUUCUUGAGGACCGAGAAGACAUUGAUGUGCCAAAAGCACCAAACAAAUCCUCACGGUUUCGAAAGGCAGAUGCUGACCUGGAUUCAAGAAAGUCACAAUCCCGGAGAGGUGAAGGUGCUCGAUUUAAUCUCCACUUGGAAGGAAUGGAUAAUCAAGUCAAACAGGGUGAAACGCCCACUGAAUCACCUGGGAUAUCACUAGCUGUGUCAUCAGAAUGCAAAGGUGCCAAACAUUGUGGGAGGAAGGACUCUAAAAUUACUUCCCAUUUCAUGAGGGUUCCCAGGACAGAGGAGAAAAGGAAUGAACAAUGUGAAUUAAAGCCGCCUCGACCAGGAAGGAAGAUUGCUAAAUAUACUCCUCCUCCACUUCCAACUAAUAAAAAGUGGUUUGGGACACCAAUUGAAGAGAUGAGAAGAAUGCCAAUGUGUGGGACUCGUCUGCCACAUUUGAGGCCAUCUGCCAAUCAUACAGUGACAAUCAGAGUAGAUCUUUUGAAGGAAGGAGAAGUGCCUAAACCUUUCCCAACACAUUAUAAGGAUUUGUGGGACAAUAAGCAUGUUAAGAUGCCUUGUUCAGAACAAAAUUUAUAUCCUGUAGAAGAUGAGAAUGGUGAAAGAACUGCUGGGAGUCGAUGGGAAUUAAUCCAGACUUCACUGCUUAAGAAGUUCACCAGCUCCCGUGAUUUGAAGGAAGCUAUUCUCAGAUAUAAUGUUGCAUAUGCCAAGAAAUGGGACUUCACAGCCCUUACUGAGUUCUGUGAUAAGGUGCUUGAAGAUGCAGAGGCUCAGCAUUUGUUUCAGUCCAUUUUGCCUGAUAUGGUGAAGCUUGCACUCUGUUUGCCUAGCAUCUGCACCCAGCCAGUACCUCUACUGAAACAAAAAAUGAACCACUCCAUCACCAUGUCACAGGAGCAGACUGCUAGUUUGCUAGCAAAUGCCUUCUUCUGCACUUUCCCCCGGCGAAAUGCCAAGAUGAAAUCAGAAUAUUCUAGCUAUCCAGAUAUUAACUUCAACAGGUUGUUUGAAGGGCGUUCACCAAGGAAGCCUGAGAAACUGAAAACCCUUUUCUGCUACUUCAGAAGAGUCACGGAGAAAAAACCCACUGGACUGGUGACAUUUACAAGACAGUGUCUACAGGAAUUUCCAGAUUGGGAAAGAACCCAGAAAAAGCUGUCCAGGUUGCAUGUCACAUAUGAAGGCACUAUUGAGAGCAACGGGCAUGGGAUGCUACAGGUUGAUUUUGCUAAUCGCUUUGUUGGAGGUGGCGUCACUGGGGCAGGGCUGGUGCAAGAAGAAAUUCGCUUCCUAAUCAAUCCAGAACUGAUUGUAUCUCGUCUCAUUACUGAAGUCCUGGAUCACAAUGAAUGUCUAAUUAUCACAGGUACAGAGCAAUAUAGUGAAUAUACUGGCUAUGCAGAAACGUACCAGUGGGCCAGGAGCCAUGAAGAUCAAACACCCAGGGAUGAAUGGCAGAGGCGCUGCACAGAAAUUGUAGCCAUAGAUGCAUUUCAUUUCAGACGUUUCCUUGAUCAGUUUGCUCCUGAGAAAAUUAGAAGAGAGCUCAACAAGGCUUACUGUGGUUUCUCUCGACCUGGUAUCCCACCACAUCACCUUUCUGCAGUGGCUACUGGAAACUGGGGCUGUGGUGCUUUUGGAGGCGAUUCAAGAUUGAAAGCCUUAAUACAAAUCCUGGCAGCUGCAGAGGCUGGGCGAGACGUUGUUUAUUUUACCUUUGGAGAUGCUGAGUUGAUGAGAGACAUUUACAGCAUGCACACUUUCCUAAUCGAGAGAGGACAAACUGUUGGGGAUGUCUACAGGCUGUUGCUCAGAUAUUACAAUGAGGAAUGCAGGUGUUGCUCUACUCCAAGACCAGAAAUCAAACUCUACCCUUUCAUAUACAGUGCAGUAGAGUCCUAUGCGGAUUCCACUGAUGACGAAAGAGGAUUAUGUUUUGAUGACUAAAAAUUAAAUUUUCAAGAUGAAUAUCCCUUCUUGUCUUCUCCAUGUAGAAUAUUAAUUGAAUUGCUGGAUGUAACAUACAGAGUAGCUUAAUAUAUCCAUGUAUAUAAUUAUUGUUUUAUGCAUUAUAUCUGAAGACCAAUCUUGGAAAGAAACCAAUUUUCUUUCCAGUGUAGAAUGUAAAUCCUAACCAUUGCAUAAUAGAACGAAAUGUUUGGUAAACAUAUUUAUCUCCCCACUCCCCCUCGGUUCAAGGUUGAGUUUUUGAUCUCUUUUCUUUAUGGGCUUAUUUGAAAGCAGCAGAUUUGUACUUGCCUACCCUUUCUUUCCAUUUUUUAUAGAGAUGCUCAUAUAUAAUAGAAAGAGAUUUCCUAUAUAAACCAGUUUCUUAGUACUCCUUUCGGUAGUAUAAUUUAUGAGAGGUGGUGGGGGAAGCCUUGUAAUGAUCUGUUCUAUUGGACAUAUAGUUUCAUAAACAAACCACCCUUAACGUCCCACUAAUAAUUUUAGUUAAAGACAUUGGAUUGGAUCCAGUGCUAGGCCUACUCUCAGAGUAGAUCCAUUUAAGCGAAUGGACAUGAUUAACUUGGGUCCAUUAAUUUCAGUGGGUCUACUCUGAGUAGGACUUGCUGUAAGCAAAGCUGCCCUAGAAACAAUAAUGGCAAGCAUAUCCCAAGAUUGCGUCCCUUUUGAUGGAGGCAGGAUGAGGCAAAGCAUGAGCAGCAGACGGAAAGCAGCAUGAUGGAUCCAGGUUACAAAAAAGCCAGGAUCAAAAGUAAGAGAUGGUAAAGGGAUUUAUAUUAUUUAGAAGAAGGGGGGGGGGACUAUAGAAAGGGCCAUAUAUUUAUGAAAGGAUAAUACAGCUUUUAAAAAUGGUUUUAAAUUGCACCAGUUUCUUUGUUGCAGUUUUCUGAUAUACCUGCAAUUCUGAUGGAUAAAUAUAUCUAUAUGUUAUUUAAUGUACAGUGAAACCUAGAUUAUUAUACUAGGAUUUCAGUUAUAUAAUAUACAACCCUGUAAGGCAUGCCUUCCUAAGUAUGGACAAUAUCGUUGAAACUUUGCUUUGGUAAAUGCACAAGCCGAAGGAAACAUCUCCAAGACAGCCCCAAAUGAGAGUUGUGUGUGGCCACAGUUCACAACUCAUCAUUUCAGUGGGACACUGGAAAAAAAACCUAUUGCUUGAUUUUGCCCUUCAGGGGAACGUGCUCUAAAAAAAGGAAGGAAAUAAAAAUUCACAGGAGGGACAUUGGUAGAGACGUUGCCAAAACCAGUUCUCUGUUGGCUAAUGGAAAAGCAGCAUUAAGGAAACCUUGCUGCUUAAUGCUGAUUGCAGCAUAAUGCUGCAUUGACUUUUCUCUCCAGCUUUGAAACAAACUAGCACGGGGUGAAUAGGUUAAUAAGAGCCGUAUGGUCCCAACAGCUCCCUAAUUAAAGAGAAAACUAAACUGUCCAGGAUGCUGCAUCAAAGCCAAAAGGCAUAAUUCUGGGUCAAUUCAAUAUUUUCCCUUUGUCUUAAUUUCUUUCACAGCUAUUCAGUAGCUUCCUUCUCAACUAUGUGGUAUACUCUCUAUUUUUAGCAAGAGAGAACUUCCUGGUGCUGCAAUCUUGAAUACUGAGAGAGCUGAUGGGCCAAUGAUCCAUUAGAAGGGAAUGUGCCAUCACAAACAGCUGUGUAAUAGAGUGAUUUUCUCUCUUGACCAAUCUCUCUCUAAAUUCUGCCGUGACAAAACAUGCAAUUAUAGUCACCCAUGGCUGUAUAUAAUAAUUUAUAAAAAGCUGAAGUGUAUCGUUCUUUAAACUUGCAGGUUGUGCGUUUGUUAUUUUUGGAUUGGGGCGGUGAAAAAUCAGUAUGCUACAUUUACAUGAUUUCUUUUGUAAAGGAAAAUAAUAAACCCGAUGAACAUUUUUCUCCA